AGUAUCGCGUGCGCCCCCCCCCCUUUGUGUCCCUCCGCCCCGCCAUGGAGUGCCCGCAUCUCACGGCCAGUGUGUGCAUCGGCCCGGACUCCGCCGCGCUGCCCAGCGGCUGCCCUUCAUCGUGGUGCUGCAGCGUGUGUCGCUCAAACAAAAGCCCAUGGGUCUGUCUAACUUGUUCCAGUGUGCACUGUGGAAGAUAUGUGAAUGGACAUGCCAAGAAGCAUUACGAGGAUUCCCAAUCUCAGACCGCUAGUCACAAACGGCAGGAAAAGCCAGAACCAGAGAGAACACAACACACUGUAUGUAUGGACUGCAGCAGCUACAGCACAUAUUGUUAUCGAUGUGAUGACUUUGUAGUAAACGAUACGAAGUUGUGUUUGGUCCAGAAGGUCCGAGAGCAUUUGCAGAACUUGGAAAACUCUGCUUUCACAGUGGAAAGGCACAGGAAAAGAAAAUUCUUGGAAAACUCUGCACAUAAUAAGAAACUGCUUAAAGUGAAUGGCAGCACCACAGCUCUGUGUGCUACUGGCCUCCGCAAUCUGGGGAAUACCUGCUUCAUGAAUGCAAUUCUUCAGUCACUCAGCAACAUCGAGCAGUUCUGCUGCUACUUCAAGGAAUUGCCGGCAGUGGAACUUCGGAAUGGUAAAACCGCCGGACGCCGGAUCUAUCACACGCGUAGUCAAGGGGAAGUUAACGUGUCUUUGGUUGAAGAGUUCAGGAAGACAUUAUGUGCAUUGUGGCAAGGCAGCCAGACGGCAUUCAGUCCAGAAUCCUUAUUUUAUGUGGUAUGGAAGAUCAUGCCAAACUUCAGGGGUUAUCAGCAGCAAGACGCCCAUGAGUUCAUGCGCUAUCUCUUGGACCAUCUCCAUUUAGAACUGCAAGGGGAGCUUGAUGGGUCUUCCCAAGCAAUCAAGUCACCGGCAAACACCAGUCAGUCAACAAGCAGCAAGUGUUGUAUAAAUGGUGCAUCAACAGUGGUGACGUCUGUGUUUGGUGGUGUUCUUCAGAAUGAAGUAAACUGCCUAAUAUGUGGAACAGAAUCCAGAAAAUUUGAUCCAUUCCUAGAUCUCUCUUUAGAUAUUCCAAGUCAAUUCCGUAACAAGCGUUGUAAGAACCAAGAUAAUGGACCAAUCUGCACACUCCGAGACUGUCUCCGCAGCUUCACAGACCUGGAAGAGUUGGACGAGACAGAGCUCUAUAUGUGCCUGAAGUGCAAAAAGAAACAAAAAUCCACCAAAAAAUUCUGGAUCCAGAAAUUACCAAAGGUGCUUUGCUUACACUUAAAAAGGUUCCAUUGGACUGCUUACUUAAGGAAUAAGGUGGACACCUAUGUAGAGUUUCCUUUGCGUGGGUUGGACAUGAAGUGCUUCUUGUUGGAGCCAGAAAAUAUUGGUCCAGAGAGCUGCCUGUAUGAUCUUGCAGCUGUUGUGGUUCAUCAUGGCUCCGGUGUUGGGUCUGGACACUACACUGCGUAUGCAACUCAUGAAGGUCGCUGGUUUCACUUCAAUGACAGUACUGUGACUCUGACGGAAGAGGAGACCGUGGCAAAAGCGAAGGCAUAUAUUCUGUUUUACGUGGAACGUCCACUUUUGGUCGUCCCUGAAAAACUCUAAAAGCCUCUCCUCUCACCCACCAUCUUUUAUCUUGCCCUUUGAGAGCGGAUCUCUCAACCCUCUGCUCAUACUUGAUUAAAACACCCCAUCCUUUUUAAUUUUUGCACUUUCACAUUCAUUGUGAGCAUAGUAUGACAUUUGCAAUUCCUCUGGUGCAAGGUCUUAUAUGAAAUGGAUAGAGAGAGAGAAGUCUCGCCUGUCUGGUAACUGUAUUAAUGUUAACAGUAGGCUCAAACUAUUAGAUAAUGCACCAGAGGGGAUGCAUCUAAUUAGUGGCUAAAUAGACUUCUAGUGCCACUUUCAUCUUGUAAGCCCAUUUUUCUUUUUAAGUGUAAGGACACCUUGUGGGUGUUAAUAUUGCCAGUGUUUGAAUGAGCAUCCAUUCAAAAGUUACGUCAUCUGUGAUAGACCUUCAACUUCAAGCUUGGAGCCUAUUAAAUAGGCACAUCUUCGACAAAAUUCAGGAAACGUUUUUGAUUUUUAUGACCUGCCUUAAAUUGAUCACUGGGAAUAAUUUUGAGGAGUUGUAGCCAGGGCAGUAGAGCAUUAUUGCCAUUGGUUCCAUAAACACAUUGGCAUGAUUCCCUAUUAUCCGCAAAAUUUAUUACAGCUCUGAGAGCCAGAGGGGGUGACCAACACAUUGGCCACUCUAGCACUUUUUGGGUAAGAAGUGCCUCUUUGCAUCACCUACACCUAACGCUGUGAAAUCAGAUGAAACAUAUUUUAUAAUGUGAUUGUUCACAAGCACUCCAAUUCUAGUAGGCCAUUGCAUUCUCUUUACUGCACUCGGUCUGCAAAGGUGAGGGUAUCUAGAUCUGUCUGGGUAGGAAAAACAUUCUGUAAUGGAGCAAGUGACAAGGGGUAAUUGGCUCUGGUGCAUUUCAGAAUGUAAGGCAAACCAGUAAAGUAUGGGCUUGAUAAUAGCCAGUGCCCACUUGAUUAGUAGGAUUCAAACCUAUUUAUUUUUAUAAUUUAGUUAUAUUGAUAUGUGCUUCUAUUUUCUAGACAUGCCUCUCACCAUGCCCCCAGGGUAAGAGGUGAGAAAUGGUAGCGUAAGAUGAAUGUCACUGGUGAAAUAUGGAGUAAAUUUAGUGAACUUGUUUCAAAGUCUGUUUGUGGAAGAAUCUCAAACACGGCGAUGGAUGACUUUUUGCACAAAUUAGGAACACAAUGCAUAGUUAAACUUAAUUUAGAAACAAUAUUGCACCCCGUGAGUGGCUCAUAUGGUAGUAUCAAUUUUUAUGUAUAAAAUUCAGCUCAACAAGCUAGGCUUGGCAGAUUUGCCUGUCCACGAGCGACCUGGACAUUCCUGAAACCUUGAGCCAUAUAAGGGAAGUUGUGUAAGAACAAACCCAUAAUCUGGAAUGGAUCCACUCAUGAUGCUGAGUCAGGCACGGGGAUGAAAUGCCACAACAGCUGAAUGAAAUUUUUUUCGUAUUUGGUCUCACUGAAGUCCGUAUUUUGAGAUAAGCAUAAGUUUUUCUAGCUUAGCAAUUCUCAAAUUGUUCAAUAUCUGAUCCUGCCACAGGUAACCCCUUUCACUGCCCGCAUAUUGAAGUGCUGCAUGUUUUGAUGGUACCAGGAUUUGUUUUGAAUUGCACCAUGAGAACCUCAACACAUACACAGUAUGGAUUUGCUGCUUAACAUAUAGAAAACAUUGUCAUGCCUUUCUGUGUGUGUCAUUUUAAGUUACUGGCUUUUAUUUUAUGGUGUCCUGGCAAUCUGUUUGUAUGUGUUUUCUUCUCUUUUAAACUCCUCUCCCCCCCCCCCCCCCCCCUUUUAUAUAAAUGGCAGGAUAUGUAGGGCAGUCCGUGUCUUAUAAAGGGGAUGUUUGAACAUUGGUGGAGCUUGCAAACAUGACUGCCCAUACACAAGCAUAGCCAGGGCAUUUCAUCACUACACCAGAAAUUCAGAAUAUAUCAGAGGAAAGUUCUUGAAAGCAAUUACUUCCCCCUCCCUUGGCUACUUUGACCAAACAAACGGCAGUUUACUUACUUGUUACACGUCACGUAUAUGUAUGUAUUCUAGCAGACACUGUCUACUUCUUUCUAAAACGAAAAACCAAACACGAUCUUGGCAAACUCUAACCUCAAGGCCACAGUGCACAUCCACAAAAUGGUCCCAGGCCAAAUUGUCUUUGUUACUGGCUCAAGAAAAGCUUUGUUCUGUGUGUAUUGAUUUAAUUAGCACCAUAAGAAAAUGAUUACUUUAAAAAAAUAAAACGUGUAGCUCAUAAUACAUGCAUACCAUGCUGUACCAGCUGCAGUAUAUGGAAGACACAGCUGCCUUACUCCCAACGUCAGACCCGUUACACAGUAUUCCUAUCUAUAUGAGCAUCCGUCUCACAGGACUGGAGUAUCUUCUUCCGUUAUGUGAUAUUUGUAUAGUUUGUAGGGAAAAAAUAAAGUUCAAUUGAUUCUGUGCAUCAUGAA